UUCACCAUGCGGGCUUGUGUGUUGCUGUUGUGUGUUUUGGCUGUUAGGGGGGAAGAGUCUCCCCUGACGAAGGAGCUGCUGGACCCGGAGUGGCAGCAGCUGGUGGAAGCCGGCGGGAUGAGUCUAGGCCACGGACGAGUCAAGAGGUUCGUUGAGCUCAGCAACUCCGAGCCCAACAUCCCGCACCAAGCGUGCCUGCUGCCCAACGGCAAGGCGGGCCACUGCCGGCACCUCCACUACUGCGUGCAGGACGACUUCAAAAACGACUUCACCAAAUUCAUGGACUACCUCUGCAUCAUCAAGCAUUCAUCAAUUGGCGUGUGCUGCCCCGACGGCAUGGGCGGCGCGGCGGACACCGCGGUGGCCGGAGACCUGCCCGCCACGGCGCCUCGCGAUGAAAACGAGAUCACCUUCAAGAUCAGCCGAGCGGAGACAAGAGGUUGCGGCCUCAGCACGCGGGCGACCUCGCGUGUGGUGGGUUCCCGGCCGGCCAACCCUCGCGAGUGGCCGUGGAUCGCGUCCGUGACACCUCCCGGUUACGACCAGUACUGCGGAGGAGCCCUCAUCACAGAUAGACAUGUGCUCACCGCCGCACAUUGCACCAGGAGGUGGAAAGCGGAAGAGCUGUCUGUCCGUCUCGGAGAGUACGACUUGCAGCGCACCAACGAUUCGCGCACAUACAACUUCAAGGUCAUCGAGAUCCGCCAACACGAGUUGUACGAAGUGCCCAACUACCACCACGACAUCGCGAUAUUAAAGCUGCAUCGCGCGGCGGUCUUCAACACUUACGUCUGGCCGAUAUGUCUGCCACCAGUCGGGUUGGAGUAUACGGAUGAGAUUGGCGUCGUUAUUGGUUGGGGAACCCAGUGGUACGGCGGGCCGAUCAGCGACGUGCUGAUGGAGGUGUCAGUCCCGGUGUGGGACCACCAGAAGUGUGUGGAGUCCUUCGUCGACUCCGUAUUCAACGAGACCAUCUGCGCCGGCGGGAGAGAGGGUGGGAAAGACGCUUGUCAGGGUGACAGCGGCGGUCCCCUCAUGUACCAGAUGUCCAGCGGUCGGUGGGUGAUCAUUGGGGUGGUGUCGUGGGGGGUGCGGUGCGGGGAACCUGACCACCCCGGCCUGUAUACCCGGGUCGACAGAUACCUGGAGUGGAUACUGCAGAACGCACAGUUCUAGAUGUGGAUUCUGUAGCGUGGAUACUGUUGUGUUUGGAUACUGCAGAGUUCGGAUACUGCAGUGUUUGGAUACUGUAGUGUUUGGAUACUGUAGUGUUUGAAUACUGUAGUGUUUGGAUACUGUAGUGCUUGGAUACUGUAGUAUUUGAAUACUUCAGGGUUCGGAUACUGUAGUGUUUGUAUACUGCAAAGUCGGCCUUUGGGAUACUGCAGAGUUUGGAUACUGUAAUAUUAAGAGUGUGUUUCAAAUGAAUAAAGCAUUUUGUCAAUUUUU